CGGAAUCGGAAUCGGAAUCGGAAAGGUGAUUUUCCGGCAUUUCCUUUCGUGGCUCAAAGCCGGUAAAGCGCGAGUGCAAAGCAAGUACACCGGUGAUCGUGAUUUGUGUGGUUUUUCUUCUCCCCCGGGAGUGGCCGGUAAAUUACGCGUUGUUUACAUACGAGCCCGUCAACGUGAUGAGCAGGUUCGCGUAGUUUUCGAAAUACCGCAAAUACCAAACACCCGGCGAGUUUAUGAUAUCGCGGUCCCGCUGGGUGUAAUUCAGCCUGUGAUACUUAUCGGUCGGAAUUUUUAUGCUUCCACCGUCCUUGCUCUUACGAAACGGAACGGAAGGAGGAGGUGUGGUGGGCACCGAUCCGGGUUCUUCUUCCGCGUGACGGUACAGCGAGUGCAGCGAGCAAACGAGAGCGGCCGUACGUCGUCAGCGCAUAAGAUUUCAGUUUUUGGAUCUAUUUUUACCACUCAACCACCGGUCCGUGUUCGAGCGAGUGAGAACCGCACCCUUACGCACCCUAAACCCUGAAAAGUAAGCCAGAUUCGGCCAGUGAAACGAGGCCGCGUGUCAUCGGACGUGCGUAAGUGAUAAAUUUCCUCAUCGCCGGUAGAACGUGAGGGUGCGACGGGCGGCGGACCGAGACCGAGAACGUUCAAAAUCACAUAAAUUAGCGUGACAAGCUAUAUAACGGUGACAAGGUGUGUUGACUUGAUUUGAGAACCGUUCCGAUCGCCCUUCACGAUGAGCACCAGCGGCCGGAAGACGUUACCGAUGGGCAAGCAAUCUGAAUUGAACGAGCUGGUGGAGCUGCUAGUGCCACUGGGUUUCAAAGAUACCAGUACACUCACGGAUCAACUGGCGCAGCACCGGGAAAUGUAUGCCGUGCUCGAGCGAAUCCGGCGGCUCGAAUCGGAGCUGAAACUGCGCACGACAAACGGACGACCGAGAACGGACAAUGUGGACCGGUUCGUGCAAUGGGCCAACAGCAACGGGUGCUACUGUAGCAAGGUGCGCAUCGUCGAGCAUCCGGCGUACGGUGGGCUGGGCCUCGAAUCGACCGGUCCGAUCGGUGCGGGCGAGAGCGUAAUCGAGGUCCCGAAGGCACUGUUCUUCUACGUCAACGAUGAGCCCCGGUACCGGCAGGUGCUCGAUCUAAUGCCGGGAGCGAUGAUGAAGGAACAGGGCAACAUCAUGCUCGCCCUGGCCCUCAUUAUGGAGCGCUUCCGGAAGGACAGUUUCUGGCGACCGUACCUGGACGUGCUACCGGAGCGCUACACGACGCCCCUCUUCUACACGCCCGAAGAUAUGAUCGAACUGCGGGAAACGGCGGCCCUCGAACCGGCCCUAAAGCUAUGCAAAAACAUUGCCCGCCAGUACGGAUUCAUCAAGAAGUUCGUCCAGAGCAGAGUGGACGAACUGCAGCACAACUUUACCUACGACGUUUUCCGCUGGGCCGUUUCGACUGUGAUGACCCGCCAGAACAAGUUACCCGUCAAUCUGUCGACGUUCGAGGAACUGGACUUUACGCUCGCCCUCAUACCGCUCUGGGACAUGGCUAACCACAUUACGCCCGAGCAGCGGGACGGUCAUCGGUCCAGCAACGGCAGCAGCCCGCUAGUGACGGAUACGACGUACUGUUCGAAGCUUGAGAAGCUUGAAAGCAUCCUCCAGGCGGACUGCACCAAGGCCGGUGAACCAGUCUUCAUCAACUACGGCAAGCGGACCGAUGCCGAGUUUCUCGUGCACAACGGGUUUUCAUUUGGGAAAAACCCCAACACACGCAUCACCAAGCUGUUUGCGCUAAACCGUACCGACAGUCUGUACAAGAAGCGUGCCCGGUUGCUGGAACUGCUCGGUGUCCCGACCGUUGGCAAGAUGGAGUUUGGGUACGGUGAGCACGACUCGGGAGAACUAUCGCCGCACCUGUACGCACUUUCGCGCGUUAGCGUACUGACGGAGGAUGAGCUCGAUUAUUACAUCGACACUGUCGAUGAUCCGCUGGAGCGUGCUGAAUUGUGCCAACGACGGUUCGAGCCUACCGCUGCCGCCCUACCGACCGCCGAGGACCUUCGGCAACGACAGCGCCAGUGGCUGACGAGUGCAAUGGAAACCAUCCUUCGACGGUACCCGACCACGGUGGCCCAGGAUGAGGCGUUGCUGCAUGAGAACCCACCGCACCGCUUGCAUCAUCUGCGCCGGCUGUUGAUUGAAUUCCGGCUACACGAGAAGCGGGUUCUGCACUCGUUCAUCGAAGAUUGAGCCCCGGUGGAAGACCACGGCAGUAGCUACCAUGGAGACACACCAAAACGAAGAGUGUGGCGACGGCAGCGACCCUCUAACACGACGCAUAUGGCCUCCUUCCGAGACCGAUUCGCUUUCGAGUGAAAUUUUGAUUAAGCAAAUCGCUCCUAAACCACAGCACGAACGGUGAAAUGAUGAAAACGCACGUUGUUCGUAACGGCAAACAAACGGUUCGACGAUCUCCUGGGCUAGGUUCCUUGAUCGGUUCCGAUACUCCGUGGCCCAUACACGCUUCCAAGCAAAUUAGUAUUCCACAAUCACGCUUGCUAGACUUCCUAAUGCAAAAAGUAUCCAUCGUUUUUUGUGUUGUUUUUUUUUCGCCCUAGAUGAUUUAAGCACACGCACCACAUCUUUCCGCAUCACGCUUAGCGUAACUUUCGUAGCUUACCUUUACUAAACCUUUCGUCUGAGCCUAUAUACAAUCGCGACCACAUGAUCCCAACUGUGUAUCGCCGAUAGGUUGUAUAACAAAACCAAAAUGAAAUGAAACCACAAUAAACGUAUUUAUCUACCUAACUAACU